AUGGCAAACUGCUUGGAUUUCGGUGACCCGAGUUCGACACCGGGCGUGGAGGACGUUUUCGAACCUCUGGCGCCAGCUGAGGUGCUACUGCCGGAGCUAACGACAGCUACGGAGCCACAGCCACAGCCGGAUGCCUUGACAGUCAGGAGGCGGUGGCAGCGGCCCACUUCCAGAGACGUCGCCUCGGCGGGAGGAGACUCGGGUCCCUAUCAUCUUGGCCCUCCCUUGCCGGGCGCCUUGGUGUACACGGACUUCGAGCACGAGGACCUGCCACCGGCAGCAGCUCCACCGGAAGAUGACGAGAUGAUGGCAGCCACGGAGGCCUCAGACGAAGAACCGCUGUCAGAAAGCAGUGGUGAGGAGGCACCCGCAGAACCAGCAAGCCCGACCUCCCGCAAGACUGGCGGCAUAAGGAGAAUUGAAAGCUACCUCUCAGAGGACACUUCGGCAGACGAGAGGCCGCAGGAGACGCCGAAGGAAGAGGCAGUCGUACACACUGCGGCGAACCCGGACCUCGAGCUCCGGCACAAGCAGGCCACGGCCACGGUCACCAAGAGCAAGGUGAACUCUGCCACAUGGCCUCGCCCCACCGCCUGGUCACACCAGGCUUCCUCUCAGGCGAUGAUUCCGAAAGCGAGGCGCCUGGAUCUGCGCCACCUUUCGAAGGAGGUCUGCUGA